AUGGCGUCUAUCGGUUCCAACUCCAGCAAGGGCAGCAGCGCCUCCGGCUCCCAGAAGCUGCGCCAGAUCAUGAAUCUGAACCCGUCAGCCAGACCUUUCACCCCAACAGGCUCCGGCCCUCCAUCUUCGACCCUUCCUAACACUGUUCCGCCAUCCAUGAGGCCGCCCCCCAAACGCAAGCCCACGACCAAACCGGGUGGCCAAAGAACCUCUACCGCAUACGCCCAACGCGUCGAUGACACUAUACCGAGUCUCGUCGUUGCUACCAACUCGGCCGGUUCGGCCGACCUCGAUGCGCCCAAGACCCCGCCGAAUAUUCAGCCCAAUCCUCGAAGGGGAAGCCCCACGCCCGCAGCGUACACUUUCGCCGAUGACGACGAGUUCUAUCCCGGCACCGAUCCGCGACUCAAGAAAAACGCUCGUUGGGUGAAGUGUUAG